AUGGGCUACGGUCAAUCAUGGUACGAUCCGACAUGUGCCUAUGCCUGUCGGGCUGUCAUCGGAUCGGCCCCGUUGGACUGCCCGGACGACAGCAGUAUGGAUAUGGGCGGCAUGGACAUGCACGGGAGUUCACCCAUGGCUCCAUGCAUUGCGGAGAAUAUUCCCUUCCUCUCCACACUUGCCUACUGCAUGAACAGCUACUGUCCUGCAUUUGGCGUCUCGGCCUCUAAGCUCGAGGCCUACUGGACCGACCAGGCUACUGGCGAUGCGACCAUGCCUCCCAAGUGGACGUACGGCGCUGUGCUGGCCAACAUAACGCAGCCGCCAAACCGGACUUUCGAAACAGGCGACACGUUAAAUUAUACAGCUCUCAUAUCGGAUAUCGAUUUUUCGUAUCAGUACGACUUUGAUGUAUUUUUCGACUGGGAGGAGGCCAUCCAGUCUACCUACGUUAUCGUCAUCAUCUCUGUUGGUAUGGCAACUCCAGUUUUGUUUUCGGUCAUGAAUCAUCUACCUCUUGUGACCACUGCCAUCGACAGGAUCAAGCCUUACCUCAUAUAUCCCUCCACCAUCGCGGGAUACAACAUUCGUCCGCUCCCGUACCUUCUUGGCAAUGCGCCGACCAUGGGCCAAGGACUCUGGAUCGCCAUGUUUAUCAUUUUAAACAUCAUAUUGGGCUCCAUCGAAUACAACAACUUUGCUGCAACUCAUCCCUGGGGCUUCACCAAGAGGGCCGAGAUAUUGGCUUACGUCGGUUAUCGCACCGGGCAUAUCUCCUUCGCCCUACUCCCACUCACUGUACUGUUCUCGUCCCGCAACAAUGUACUUCUGUGGAUCACGGACUGGCCCUUUUCAACGUUUCUGGUUCUUCAUCGCUGGGUUGCCCGCGUGUGUGCCGUGCACGCUAUCGUACACUCCAUCACCCUUCUGGCGGCAUACGUAAGCCUCGGGACUUACUACGCCGACGUCCAUAAGCCAUACUGGAUUUGGGGCAUCGUCGCAACCUUAUGUCUCGUCGUGUUGUUGUUCCAGAGCGUCGUCUGGUUUCGUCGCGCUUCGUACGAAAUCUUCCUCAUGCUUCAUAUCUUUCUGGCCGUCUUCACAGUGGCCGGCUGCUGGUACCACGUCUACUAUUGGAAACCGUUCAGUGGCGUGUACGAGCUGUGGCUUUACAUGGUGAGCGGAGUCUGGUUCUUCGACCGCCUCGUUCGGGUGUUUCGCGUCAUCAAAAACGGCAUUCCGCGGGCGACCGUCGUCGAAUUAUCGCCAGAGACCGUACGCCUGGACAUCCACGGGGUGAGAUGGUCGCCCGAUCCUGGUUACCAUGCGUAUAUUUUCUUUCCCACGCUGCAGCCUCUGAAACCCUGGGAAAAUCACCCCUUUUCAAUAACCCAUACCGCCAUGUUGCGUUCUCAAAACCAUUCACCUGCAUCAGGACAUGCUUCAUCGCAUUCGCAAGAUGUCGGUAUGCACAAAGGUCCGGAGCUAGUGGUGUCCCAGAGAAGCGCGAAAACGGGUACGGAUUACCUUUCCAUCUACAUCAAGAAGCAUAGAGGCAUCACAAAGCUGCUGCGAGAACACGACAAUAUCCCCGUGCUGCUUGACGGCCCAUACCGCGGUAACCUUAGUCGCGAGGUCCUAAAGUGCGACCGCGUACUACUAAUUGGCGGCGGUAUCGGCAUCACUGGUCUUCUCACGUGGACACAUUCGCACACGAACGUCAGGUUGGCGUGGAGUCUAAAAGAGACGUCUUUGCCCGUGUUGCAGGACCUCGAAAGCAUGCUGAGCAGCAUAGAUGAUAAGGUUGUCAUGGUCGGUCAAAGACUGGAUGUUGAUGCGCUUCUACAAUAUGAAGUUGAUUCGGACUGGAAACGAGUCGGCGUCGUUGUCUGUGGGCCUGCUGGGCUUUGCGACUCUACUCGGGAGGUUGUUGUUAAAUUUGGGAAGCAGCACAAGACUGUCUUUGAGUUAGAGGUGGAAACUUUUAGCUGGUAA